AUGCAGGAGGAAGGAAAUACCGAGCAGCAGUCACAAGCUGCAUCGCCAUCCUCUUCACCGCAGCCAUCUCGGACCCAUGUCCUCCACGCCGAGGAGCAUGCAUCUGACGUUGUCGACCCGCUUCCGACGUCACGCCGCACCCAACGCUCACCCACACCGCAAUCGCAUCCCAGCAGAAGCCCAACACAGUCUCGAGAUCCAUCUCGCAGCCCUUCGACAAGCAGGCGCAGUAUCAAGCGCACUUCCACCUUCUCACCUGUUCCGGAAGAACAACCUUCCGCCUCCUCCACUUUAAGCAUCACGCAACCGGCAGCCAAACGCUCUCGCACAGCCACUCGCGAUCCUGAUGCCAAGAAACGCGGCCAGCGACUGUUUGGCGUCCUGACCUCCACGCUGAGCCAGUUCAAGCGCGAGUCGGAGACAGACCGUGCUGCUUCGGCUGCCCACAAGCGAGCUGCCAUCGAAGCUAGGCUGGCCUCCAAGCUCAAGGAUUCCGAAAAAGCGAUUGACGCGGUUCAACGCAGACGCGCGCUGGUGUGGGAAGCCAGGCACAUCGCCGAACAGAUUGCAACAGGUGAUGCGCAGCGCAAAACACUUAGGAGCACGAAGAGACGCAUGGCUAGCUUUCUGUAUACCCCUCCACCGCCGCCAAACAGCAGAACGCGAAGUGCAGCAGCAGGGCAAGAACGGCUAGCUGUAGAGAUACCCACUUCUCUCGCGCCCUCGAGAGCAGAUGAGAGGGACGCCUAUGCCAUCUACUUUCUACCCGGUAAAACACUACCGGAGCAGGAAGACGCGCUCAACGGACAGGAGGACGACGUCGAUGAAGCGAUCGAUCGGUUCGAUGACACGUGGGACGCCCAGCGAUCUCAACUGAUGAAUCAGCUGGAUGGCGUCAAGCGCAAAUUGAAGGGUGUCUAG